UAUCUACAUAGGUGAUAGUUGCAAGCAGACGUUUGAACAAUAAACAUUUUACCGGGGAAUAAGGAUAAAAAAAUAUAUAAUAUUAUGACUAUUAGAUUCUCGAUGUUAUUUUUAAUCUUUGCAGACGUGUCGACAAUUCUUUUAUCCAGAAACUGUGGCGAUUGCAACUUCCUAGAGGAUAUUUUUAACAUACUCGAAGAAGAACUGGAACCUGCUGGCAAUUGUUCUUAUUACAUAGCCGAACCCUCUUUAAUACAUUACGAAGUUUACACGUCCAAAGACCCUAAAAAGCCGAGCAUCUACUCAGGAGAGAGUUCGAAAAUAAAUUUAGACACGUCGAAAGAAACUAAAUUUAUUGUUCACGGUUGGGCCGAAUCCGGUAAUCAAACAUGGUUAAAAGAAAUGGUCCAAGCGUAUUUCAACACUAACCACGAUUACAACGUGAUCGUAGUAGACUGGUCUACUUAUUCUAUUCAGUCAUAUCCAAAAGCUGUAUGUUAUGUACCCACCGUUGCUGAAGCAAUAGCUAAUUUUAUAAGCCACGCUCAAUUACAACUAGAAAAAGUACAUGUCAUUGGACAUUCUCUCGGAGGACAAGUUGCAGGAUAUAUUGGACAAAAUGUGCAGGUUUUGCAUAGGGGGAAAAAACUGAGACGAAUUACAGGUUUAGAUGCUGCUGGACCAUUGUUUUGCUUCCCUUUUUUGGUGGACGUAGACGAAAGACUGAGUUCUGAUGACGCGGAAUUUGUGGACGCUAUACACACGAACGGAGGCGUUUUUGGGUGUUUCCCCGACUACGGAACUGUCGAUUUUAAACCGAAUUGUGGGACACGUCAAGCAGGAUGUCCACGGAACGCAUUGGAAUCAGCUUUAGCUUCUUUAAAAAUUAGUGCCUUUAACGAAAUAGUUUUUUGUAGUCACCACCGGAGCUAUAUCUACUACACCGAAAGCAUUUACAAAGACAAUUGCUUUUUGGCUUCCAAGUGUAAAAAUUGCCUUAAGUUUAGUGAAAAGCUUUGUACAAACGAUAUGGAAGUUGAAAUGGGUGAAUAUUGUCCUAGCGAUGUGAAUGGAAAUUAUUAUUUAUCCACUAAAUCUAAAUUACAGUUUAAAAUAGAGUACAACACUUUAUAA